CUCUGAUUUCCCAUGAGUCUCCGCGCUUCAUGCCGCUGUGAGCGUGUCUGAAUCAACACUGAUGUUGUUUGUAAAUAAUCACAGAUUUUAAAAGAUGUCUGAGCUGUUUAUGGAGUGUGAAGAGGAGGAGUUGGAGCCAUGGCAGAAGGCAAUACCAGAAAUCAAUCUGAUAGAUCUUGAUGAUGACGAUGAUGAUGAACCAAUAUUUGUCGGUGAAAUCUGUAGCUCCAAGCCCACGGCCAACACGAGACAAGGUGCCGUUAACCAGCAGAACCAGAGGAAUGUCCCGGUUCAAAAACCUGUGACGUUGGCAUCUUCACAAAAGACUCCGCAAGCUUCGCCGAACCCACCUAGGGUGGCUACAGGUCCUACAAUCAUGGUCAGAGGCCCUGCCCCGUCAGCAGGAAAUCCCAUCCUCAUCCCUCUCAACACAACUCUAGGACAUCAAACAACCCCUCAACCCAUCAUAAUUAACAAUCAGGGUUACAUUGUGGCAUCGCCACAGAAUCUUAACAGCAACACCUCGUUCAUCAGCUCUUUGGGGUCACAGUAUCCACCAGGAACCACUCUUGCAGUUGUGCCAGCAGCAGGUCAGCAGAUUUUGCCGCAAGUCAGUGCCGCACCAAAGCCGGGGGUCAUUCACAGGCCUCAAGUACAGCAUAUCCAGGACAAUGUGGUGACCUUGUCCAACGUACAAGUCCCGGCUACCCAUUCAUCUCAGUCCCGAACUUCUUCAGUCUCUCAAAAUACACAGGGCAUCAUCCCAGCAACACUAGCUAAACCCAAAACUUUAUCCCUACAAACUAUGAACGCCAGAGAUAAUGGCACAGUGAUAAAUGACACAAACUACAGUGGGUCCAAAAGAGCUGGAGAAAAUGAUUUCUCCUUCACAAAGAAAUGUCCCAGGUGUCAGAAUGUGUUUUGCCUUCAGCCUUUAAAAAACCAUAUGAAGCUGUGCUGCCCUGAAUUGUUGGACUCUGUGUUCCCUUCAACAUCGAAGCCUGACAAACAAGGCUGUGCACCAAAAGUCUUUGAGUCUGACAAAGGCAAACUCAUCAUGCUGGUUUCAGACUUCUACUAUGGGAAAAGUGAAGGGGAUCCAGCUCUGAUUUCCAAAUUCAAGUCCUUCACCACCUUCAAGUGCAACAGCUGUUUAAAACUGCUCAAGAACAAUAUCAGAUUCAUGAACCACAUGAAACAUCAUCUGGAGUUGGAGAAGCAGAACAGUGAGAGCUGGGAGAGUCACACUACAUGUCAACAUUGUUACCGACAGUAUUCAACUCCUUUUCAACUGCAGUGUCACAUAGAGAGUGCACACAGUCCCUUUGAGUCCACUACCAACUGUAAAAUAUGUGAAUUGGCUUUUGAGACGGAGCAAGUGCUUCUGGAGCACAUGAGGGACAAUCACAAACCUGGAGAGAUGCCCUAUGCCUGUCAGGUUUGUAACUACAGGUCGUCCUUCUUCUCCGAUGUGGAUAACCAUUUCCGCACUGUUCAUGAAAACACUAAAGACCUGCUUUGUCCCUUUUGCCUGAAAGUCCUCCGCAGUGGCCAUAUGUACAUGCAACACUACAUGAGACAUCAAAAAAAAGGAAUUCAAAGGUGUGGAAAGUGCAGGUUAAAUUUCCUCACCUAUAAGGAAAAAGUGGAACACAAAACACACUUCCAUCGAACCUACAGGAAGCCUAGAAACCUUGAAGGAUUGCCUCCAGGAACCAAGGUGACGAUUCGGGCCUCGGUUUCUGGUACUCCAAUGUGUUCAGAAACUUCAAGCAAAGCCUACAUCAUACCCACAAGUCCUGAAACGACCAAACAACCUGUUAGAGUGCCAGCAAACACAACCAAACCAAAUGUAAAUGGAGGAAAGGCAAAGACCACAAACCAGUUCAGCUGGAACCGAACCAUCCAGAAUAAUGAGCUUAAAGGUUUAAAACUUCCAAGUGGAGGAAAUAAGUGUGUUGAGUGUCUCUUAGAGGUUACGGACCCUUAUGUUCAUUAUCCUUUAUCGCUGAGGUGCAAUUUAUGCAAGUUCAGAUCAAGUUGCCAGAAAGCCUUCAGACAGCAUAUGGUCAGGUUUCACAGCACUUCUUCAAAAGUACGGUUUGGGAAAGUGAAGAAGCCUCCACGUGGUUUGCGGAGUCUAACACUGGUGUGUCUCAAGUGUGACUUUCUGGCAGACGCCUCUGGCGCUGACCAGAUGACCGAACAUUUGCUCAGCAGGCCAAACCACUCCUGCCAGGUCAUCAUGGAGCCAGUUACCAAUGGAGGAUCAAAAAUGAACAGGUCAAUGGAGACCCACAUUGGCUCGAAACAACAACUCCUCCUCAUUAAGCCGGAUACUCCUAGAGAUGAGACAGAACCCAUUCAGAUCAGUGAUGUGGAAGCUUUACCAAACAAGGACAACGGAACGGAGGAUGGGUCAGAGGUUCUUGGAGCUGACAAAAGUGACCCAGACGACGUGAAGGAUGACACGGUGGAGGAGUCCCCCAAGAGCCUUCCCUCUCACUCACCCUCCGAGGCUACCGUCAGCCCCCUUUCUGUCCUCACAGACGAAGGUGGCGUAACUCCCUCUGAUUUUCUUUGCAAAACUGACGGAUCGGAGUCUAUGAACACAGACUCGCAACUGGAACCUCUCACUCCAUCCAAGGUCCUUGAGGACGACGCUAGUGAGAACUCACAAGUGGAGAUGGAUGGUUAACUUUAAUCCAGUACAAACAGAACCGAGAUCUCUUAAAGCGCCGCAAGACUCUAGAAACAGCAGAGUUUCUCGCUGACUCACUCUCCUCCCCUAUUUUUAAUAAAACAUGUAUUAAUAGGAACUCUUUUUCUUAAUCCAAAAUGGAAUGAAAACAUACUGUGUUAAAACAUGACUUUUAUGAGUACAUUAUUUCUGUACUUAUGUAAGAUUUGUAAAGAAGCACCCUCUAGAUUGAAAUUGGGUUGCAGAGGCAGCAAUGUGAAUGUUCUUCUAUACGUACGAUUGUUUUGAAGUCCUCCUGUCCACAUUUGUGGCCUCUUUUUGGACUCUACAGAUGAUCAUGAAUGAGAGACAUUAACCAACAGUAACCAACCUGGAGCUGAUUCCUGAUCAAGUGGUGGUUUUCAUAGGACGAAGAACAAUUUCAGCAAUUUCUCAGUAUACUGUAUUUAGGAAUGAUAAAAUGCGUCCUGAUAUUUUUUUUUUUUUUUAGAUUGUGUUUAAUGUAUUGUCGUAUGUACGUUAUCUGGCUAGGACCCUGCAUUGAGAAUCAUUUCUCUUAUUGAUUGAGACUGAAAGCAUUGUAGAAAUUCCAUUCAUUUGUCUUAAUCAGUAAUAAACUUUUAUAACAUA